UUAAAAUAAUUGACCUCCUCCGCUGUGUUGUGUUUUAAAAGUCAGCUUUUUAGGCUUCAGGGAGAGCAAGCUUGCUAGCUAAACACUAGCUGGCUACCCAUAGCAUUUGGUAGAGGGUGGGUGCCAUAGCAACCGUUUAGGAAACAUUGACUGUGGUGGCUAGCUAGCUAAGAUACUUCAGGCUAACGUUGGUUUGUUGUGCUUGCGAUAAACAAGACGUCGUAGAGACUUCAAUGUCCAAUUCAGCGUCAGUCAGCCAGUUAAUGUCACAAGUCAGCAUUAUCUACUAAGCGCCAUUCUUUUUAGUAAGCUGUGGAGGAUGGCAGACUGUUGUAACCCUAGACAUAUGUUGAGUUUAGCUAACUUGGUUUACGGUGAUUUCCAUCUCAUGCAGUAAGCUAACGUUAGCCACCAAGGCCGAUCCGUAAACUUAGGCUACCUGAACCGUUAUGUAAACGUCAAAGUAAACGCUCUCUCUUUCUCGGUUACAAUCUGGAUGUUAGAAUGAUGUGUCUCAGAUGAGUCUAACGUCAGAUUAGCUUAACAUUAAGUCACUUUAUUGAUGUUGUCAUCAACCUCAGCUAAUUGUAUCUGAGUUAAUCAGCUGAUCUGUGGCUGCUAAGUAUUCAGCCUGAACUAGUAUGGAUGUGGAUGACUGCAAUGGCCGGUCUUGCAUAUCAGCUAGUGGAGACUCUUCAAUGGAAAGAGAGUUUUCUGGGGCCCUUGGAGGUCCAACAGUGAGCACCCCUAACAGCUCCCCUAGCCGCUCCCUCAGUGCUAACUCCAUUAAAGUAGAGCUGUACAGUGAUGAAGACCCAGGUCGCAGUACUGAAGAUGAAAGAGGGGAGCGGGUAGACGAAGGAGGUCUAGAGCAGGGAUCUGAAGCUGUCAGAGGCUACAGGGAGCUCACAAAUCCUGAAACCAUGCAAGCUGGAGCCACCAGACUGCCUAAUGGAAAGCUCAAGUGUGACAUCUGUGGAAUGAUCUGUAUUGGACCUAAUGUUCUCAUGGUGCACAAACGCAGCCAUACAGGUGAGCGACCAUUCCAGUGUAAUCAGUGUGGCGCCUCCUUUACUCAAAAGGGUAACCUGCUCCGCCACAUCAAGCUGCACUCAGGGGAGAAGCCCUUUAAAUGUCCGUUCUGCAGUUAUGCCUGUCGAAGACGAGAUGCGCUCACUGGCCACCUUCGCACUCAUGCAGUCUCCUCUCCAACUGUAGGAAAGCCGUAUAAGUGCAGUUAUUGUGGCCGUAGUUACAAGCAGCAGAGCACCCUGGAGGAGCACCGUGAGCGCUGCCACAGCUACUUACAGAGUCUGGAGUCACAGCAGCCAUCCAGUGCACAGAAUCCAGGAGAGGAGAUGAGAGAGCUAGAGUUUAUACCAGACUCUCUACUGCAACCCUCCUCAGACAAGAUGGCAUUUAUUGAUCGGCUCACCAACAGCAUCACCAAACGCAAGAGAUCCACACCACAAAAAUUUGUAGGACAGAAGAACAUCCGCCUUAACCUUGCAGAUGCACCUUAUGAGUUCACCGCUGGUUUGGAUAAAGAUGGAGAGAUAAACGCAGGGGACCUUGAAACCCAGCACUUUACUGGUUCAGGAGGAGAAUACGCAGGUGUAGCAGGUAAUGGAGGAGGAGGGGUGUCUGACACACUGAGGCCUCUACACCUUCCCACCACUCACCCUUCAUGUUUAUCAGAACUCAGGCCGAUCAUUAGCUCUAUUCACACCUCUGUCGCUGUUGGCCCGAGGCUGGAUUGUACAGGGACUGGAGCCGGGCUGGGAGCUGUGGCUGUAGGGGGGAGGGAGGCAGCAGAGGGCCAUGAAGACCUGCCUGCUGGUCGUAGUCACGCACCCUCACCUAACAAUGGUUGCCAGGACUCGACAGACACAGAGAGCAUGCCAGAUGAGCCUUGCAACAGUACCGCUCCGACUCCAACCCUGCACAGUAACAACGGCCAUCAUCUUCAACACUCCAACAACCACCACCCAGCGCCUCACCCUGUUGCACCCCACAGGAGUCGGGACAGACGUAGUCCCAGCCACGCCAAAGACAAGGAAGUGGAAAGAGAGGAUGGAAGCCACUCAGCCCUUCCACCUCCUGCCCUCGCGCCAACUCCAAGCUCACCCACAGCGCCCUCCUCCACCUCCAGGGAGGCGUUUCGGGUUGUAGACGGGGAAGGGCGAGCUGUGCGCUCUUUCCGUUGCGAGCACUGCCGUGUGCUUUUCCUGGACCAUGUCAUGUUUACCAUCCACAUGGGCUGCCACGGUUUUCGCCAGCCUUUUGAGUGUAACAUCUGUGGCCACCGCAGUCAGGACCGCUAUGAAUUUUCUUCACACAUCGUCCGCGGGGAGCACAUCCUUGACUGAGGAUAAAGGGGAGUCAACCUGCUUCAUCUAGAGCUAUUUUUACACUGAGACAAGGACCUGGCUGGGUUUGGUCUGCACACGAUAUAUAUAUAUAUAUAUAUAUAUCAUGUGUGUGUGUGUGUAUAUAUAUAGCUCACAGAGGCACCGGUACAUUUAGCAUGUACCAGCAUUAAUGGCCAGCUCGUGUUUUCUAAAGUUGGUGUAGCGGUCCUUAUUUUUAAUGCACUUUGAACAAAUAAUCAAUUUUAAAAUGCACUUUUAAUUUAAUAUAUUCUAAAUUAGAUUAAGAGCCAAUGCACUUUUUCAUCCGCUGAUGUGCCUUGCUCUGAAAUUCAGGAUUCAAAUCUAAUGCACAAAUUACAGUAAACAAAUCAGACUUAUGUGCAUAACCUGAAAACUGUCCCCUCUUGUGCACUUUAUCAGAGAUAAUAUAGUUUUUUUUUUUCUCCAACUUGGGGUUGAUUCUGUAAUAGAUUACUUUAUUAUGAGAUGUGCAGACCAAGCUCAAAAACCAGGUCCAAGUCAAAUAGAUGUUUGAGAGGUUUUCCUUGAAUUAGAAUUGCACUUUUGUUUUUAACGUGUGUGUGUGUGUGUGUGUAUGGGAGAGUGUGUAUGAACGUAACAGAACUUGUGUUUUAUGAAAUUGAAUACGUAAAGUGGAAAAUGAAGGCCUGUGUGAAUACCGUGUGGCACGGUGUAUAAAUGUUUUUCUUUUCUUUUCUAAGACUGCUUUCGUUGCACUGAUACCUGCCAGAAUACUAUAAUAUAUUAAACUAUUUUAUGGAAUACAUUACUGACCUGCACAUUUCUCUCAAGAUGA